AUGGCUUCACCAAUGCCCAAUCCUAUUCAAGGCGGCUGGAAUCACAACGGUCAAACGAUGCAACAGAACGUGGAAACAAAUGAAGCAGGCGUCCAAGUGAGGCCUAUGGGCCUCAAGGUGCAUUAUACAUUUGACAAGGAGGCCAAAAUCAAUUGCCUUGCACGUUCAACACAAACCCUCUUCGUUCAAACGAUUCCCCUCGAUGAACAAAACUCCAUUGGCAUUGUCGACUUGAGAGCGUGUCUACUGGCAAUCACCGAAUGCAGCCCAGAACUCGGGAAUCAAGAUACUGAGGGCGACUACACCAUUUACGCACUCGAUUAUUCAGAACCAGACACCCCCUUGGUUGGACAAGGCAUGCUAUCAUGGGCACUCGACUCAAUGCGUGGUGGUGAAUGGCUGUCUCAGUCGCCCAAAAUGGUAACUGGGCGUGUUACCAAGAACUUGCUUGCCGUAUUUGGAGGAGGAAACCGCGAGACAAUCGAAGUCAAGCUCAAGUUCACAGUCGGUUCCAGGCUUCAAAGGCGAGAACCAAAUGUUGACAUGCCACCCGUUGAGAUACCACCUCACCCUAUGCAACCCACGCCUUUACAACCCGCUCCACUGCAGCCUGCCUCUAUGCCACCCUCCCGCUCUGCUGAAAUGGCCGUGGCUUCUGGCGCCGCUGAAUGGAGCUCUUUCAUCCAGGCCAACCCUCAUAUCGGACACACAGCACAUGUGUCUCGAGUAGCAUCACCUGCGCUUUCUCAAGGCGCACCACCUGUUACAAUUGAACGACGAGACUCGAUGGAUCCCGCGAUUAGCCAAGCCAAUUCAGGAUCGGAUGUUCAGCGCAUAGCACCCAUGCCCGUCCCUCCAUCAACUACCGCUGCUUCUACGUCAAGACCUUCUAGCAGAAGCUCCCGCAACAGGAAGCCACCGACAGGGCGGCCUCGCGGUAGGCCGCGAAAGAAGCCUGCCGAAGGAAACACCUCAGGGUAUGAAGACGGCACCGAGGGCGAGGAUGGCGGCUCAGUGCCAGUCAAGAAAAGAGCCAAACCAAUGAAGGUCGAAAAGGCUACUCCUAACCCCUUCACUUCAGGUCCAGAAUCUCUACGUGUCACUGCUAGUACCGCUGGUUCUCUUCGAAAUUUCCGUCCUGUUAAUGCAAACAAUGAGGCAGUCGCUGGGAAUCAUCUACAGGAGGUUCCUCGGGCACCUACUCCCGUUCCUGGCGGAGGACCCCUGAACGGCCCUGCCCAGCCUGGCCCCAAAGGUGUCAAGCCUCAGAGGCAAUCCUCGAUGCGCAAGGAGCUGGGUGCUACUCUGAGCAAUCAAAUACCCCCGAGACCACUUCGCGCCUUGUCCCCGAGUCAAGAGGAUGGCCGUUCUCCAGAAUCGCCUGUCGAAACUCCUGCCUUUUCAGAGGAUAGCCCGCAGGACAUACGGUCAUCCCCCCCUCUGCCACGAACAGAAUCUUUCAUGCGGUCAAGUCCUCCUCCUUCCAGUCCUGUUUUGCCACCCAUGCCCUCUCUACCAAGACAAAUAUCUAGCUUUGCAGAGAAUGAAACAGACGACUUGUUGGAUGAACCUGUCUUACCAACAGCCAAAGAGGGCCAGACUUAUAGCCAGCCUAAGACGCAGAAAGUAAUGGAAGACGUGGAUAAUACCGGAAUUCCAACCCAAGUGUUCAGGAUCGAAGACGGGCCAGAAGGCCAAGGACUCGUUCAUAUCCAGAACUUCAACACCCCUUACCCAACCUCAACUCCUGCUGGUCUCCCUCCAUCAGAACCCGUUACCGCGAGGAAAGUUGCCAUCCCUCGACUAGUUCGAAAUUCUUCUCAGAAACGACCGGCAAGCUCAAAACAACAACCACGAGACUAUGCACCAACUCCUCCUCCUACGACAGAUGCUCCAGAAAAGGAUAGCCCAGUCCCUGCCACUGCACCCUCGCUGCCAGAUUCUACUCAAGCGCAGGGCGACCAAGCUAUAGAGGCAAUGGAAGAAGAUGCCCUCUUUGAAUUAGAUCUUUACCUACUUCAAAAUCAAGUACUCGUGCCACGGCACCAAAGCCCCGCCCCUCGCGACCACUCGGCAGAUCACAGUCCGCAGGACUUCUAG